AUGCCAACAGUAACAGUAAACAUAGAUAACUUUAACAAGAAACUUGGAAAGAAUUUAGAUUUCAACGAUUUAGAAAAUUUAUGUUUUGACUUCGGCAUAGAAGUUGAAAAAAGAGAAGUAACUAAAAAAAAUAAGAAAACAAACUAAGACGAAGUAACAUUAGAAUAUGCAUUUGAAGUAGGAGCAAAUAGACCUGAUUUAUUAAGUGUAGAAACAUUAUCAUUAGCAUUAGGAACAUUUAUAGGAACUCGUAAAAUGCCAAAAUAUACUAUAAAGAAUGUAAAAAAUAGAGAAAAAAUUAUUGUGAAAGAAAAUUGUAAAAAAAUUAGAGAAUUUGUUGUUGGUUGUGUACUUAGAAAUGUUACUUUUGAUUAAUAUACAUAUGAUUCUUUUAUUGAUUUCUAAGAUAAACUUCAUCAUAAUUUAUGCAGAAGAAGAAGACUAGCAUCUAUGGGUACUCAUGAUUUAGAUACUAUAAAAGGACCUUUUAUAUAUGAUGCUAAGACUCCUAAAAGUAUUUCUUUUGUGCCUUUAGAUAAAACUGAAGAAAUGGAUGGAGAAAAACUAAUGGAAUUUUACGAUAAAGAUAUUCACUUGAAAGAAUUUUUACCUAUUAUUAGAGAUUCGGAUGUUUAUCCUGUUUUUUUAGAUCAUAAUAAUGUUGUUAUGUCACUUCCUCCUAUAAUUAAUAGUGAUCAUUCGAAAAUUAAACUUACUACAAAGAAUGUUUUUGUUGAAAUUACUGCCACUGAUUAUACAAGAGCUGUUGCUUCCUUAAAUUGCAUUGUGGCUGCGUUUAGUUAAUAUUGUGCUGAACCUUUUACAAUCGAAGAAGUGGAGAUUUUCUAUGAAGCUGAAAAUAGAACUGAUAUAACACCUAAAAUUGAAAAUCUUUAUUUCGAAACAAGUAUUGAAUAUAUUAAUUGUGUUGGAAGUUUAAACUUAAAUGCUUAAUAGGCUUGUGAACUUUUAAAUAAAAUGUGCCUAAAUUCAUAACCUAUAUAAAAUUCUGGAAAAAUAAAAGUCGAGGUUCCUAUUACUCGCUCAGAUAUUUUAUAAGAAUGUGAUAUUGUAGAAGAUGUUUGCAUUGCAUUUGGAUAUAAUAAUAUAGAUUGUAAAUUACCAAAAACUCCUACAGUUGGAAAAUAGCUUUUCUUAAACAAAAUGAGCGAUUUAGUAAGAGAAGAAAUGGCAAGUGCAGGCUAUAAAGAAGGUUUGAAUUUCGUUUUAGUUUCUGAUGAAGACUUAACUUCUAAAUUAUUGAAAAAAAACGAUGGUCAAAUGGUUAUUAUUGACAACCCUAAAGUAAAAGAAUUUAAUGUUGGAAGAACUACACUUAUACCAGGAUGUUUAAAAUGGCUUUGUAAUAAUAGAUAAAAUAAAAUUCCUAUUAAAAUGUUCGAAGUGGGUGAUGUUGUACUUUAAGAUAAAACUUAAGAGACUGGAACUAGAAAUGAAAGAAGGAUGUGUGCACUUUAUACUAACUUGUAGUCUUAAAUUGAAAUUAUUCAUGGACUAGUUGAUUAUAUUAUGAUGAAAUUGAACGUUAAGCUUUUAUGUCCUGAAAACUCAAAUUUCAAAAGAUUAUAUAAACUUAUUCCGGCAAAUGAGGAUAGUUAUUUUAGAGAUAAAUAAGCUUAUAUUUUAUUUAAUGAUGUUAAAAUUGGAAUUUUAGGCGUUUUACAUCCUUUGGUUCUUCAAAAUUAUCAAUGGAAAUAUCCUGUUUCUGUAGUAGAAAUUAAUUUAGAACCAUUAUUUAAAGAAUUCUGA